AUGUCUCGAUCGAAAUCCAUCAAGAAGGAAACCGAUCCGAAUGAAUCCGAUUCGGAUACAUCAAUAGAAAAGUAUUAUCAAGAUGAAGAUUCGAUCUCGUCGCUUUCGUCAUCGUCAACAGCAACGAAAUCAUCGCCACCGCUACAGCCGAGAAAAACGUUUCUAAAAAAGUCCGGAGCGAAAAAAGAAGAAUCUAAAUUUGAUGAUGAUUUAAAAUUUGAAUCAACGGAUGAAAAUGAUCUUGUUAGACCAGGAUUAAGACGACCAUCAAAUCCAUUAGCGAAAUCGGAUAUACAACAGAAUUUUGUCACUGAUUCGCCUGGAAAUGCAAUUCCGGAUAGAAAUGAUGUUGAUGGUACACCAUUUUCAACGAUGAAAUUCGGCUCGGACACUCUUGAUGAAGAACCGGAAAAGCAAGAAUUUUUUCGUAACUUUGAAGAAAACAAAGACGAGAAGGGUAUUGAUUAUGCAAUGCUCAAUCGUGACUUGGAUCUUGAUAUAUCUCCAACACGUACUGGUACAGUAUUAAACUCGUUUGAUAAACAAAUCAAUCAAAUGAGUACGCCACUCCACCAUCAGCCGGAUGAGAAUGCUAUCAAAGAGUCUAUAACGACCGAAUUGGAUCGAGAAAUCGAAAACGAAAUACAAUUUAUGAAUAAUACAACAACAAAACACGUGACGAUUGUUGAGCCACCAAUUCGUCCCACAGCAUCAAUUGACGAUUUUAGUCGUACGGGCAAAACAGUAUCUGAUCUUCUCACAACGACAAGUGACACCACUCGAGAUCUGAACAUGUUACAUAAUGCUUAUCGACAAAAUGUCAAACCCGUGCCCACUGCUCGUCCAAUUAGAACUCACGCUUAUGAUCCGAAACCUAAGCCACAACCACAAAAAUCCACAGCAAUCAAAACCACUCCAAAACCAAACACUCCAACACCAGUCAAGAAAGUAUCGCUAAGUGUUACUAAUAAUCGACCGAAAACAGCACCGGCACCAGCACCAGCACCAAUCUCUAAAGAAAAUCCAUCCGAGGAUGUAAAGGUGAUUGAACAACUCAAAUUGGACAAAGAACUAUUAGCAGACAAACUCCGAUCAAUCGAAGCCGUACACGAAGAACAGCUACGCACUUUACGUGAAGAGAACUAUCAUCUUCAAGCCAAAAUUACUCAAUUAACUUCAACAAAUUCCGAGGGAAAACUCGAAACUCUCUCUCCCAAACAACGUGAAGUGAGUGAAUUAGAAAAACUCAUCGAUGGUUAUCAACUGGAAAACGAAAAACACUGUAAACAAAUCAAACAACUCGAACAAGAUCAAAAGCAAAUGCAACAAUCAAUGUUUGAAGAAAACGAAAAACUUCGCAAGGAACUGAUCCACACGAAAAUGAUCGUCGAACAAUACGAAAACUGCCAUCCGGGAAGCGUCAAAAAACACCCAUCGACAAUUGUUCUGACGAAUUUAGUCAAUGAAGACACGGAAAAUCAACGAUUGAAAAGUGAAAUUCAAAUUCUCGAAAAGAAAUUAACUUCUUUAACAAACAAAACACAUGAACCAUCUCGUUCCUUCGAUCAAAGACGCAUUCAAGACCUCGAACGACAAGUCAAAGAGCUAGAAUUAAUCAAUCGUCGACGUCAGCAAAGUCCAACGACACAAGUCGGUAUGGUUCUAAAUCCAUUAGAUGAACGAAAUCAACUCACAAUUAAAUUACAUCAAACUGAAGAAACAUUGCGAGGAAAACAACAAGCGGAAGAAAAGCUUUUACAAGAAUUGAAUCUUCUGCAGGAAAAAUAUGUUUUAAUGAAGCAAACGUUCGCCAGUCAUGAUCAACACGAUCAGGUCGAAAAACGAAUUCAUGACGCGUUAACUAAAACCAAAAACCUUCCAGGACAAAGUCAAUUGCGACGAGAAAAUGAGCGGUUGAAAACUGAAUUAGAAGCAAUGAAAACUCAGCAGAUAUCCAAACCAGCGAAAUCGUUAAAACGCGAUCUGGAUACGAUUAAGCUAUUACGGAGCGACCUCGAACGAAAGAACGAUGAAUUAGAGAAACUUCGAGCUUUAUACGACGCUGUCAAUGUUCAACAUAAGAGUAUUCUCGCUGAACGCGAGCGAGAGAAAACUCGUUUAGCAAUUAUGGGAAGUAAACCAUAUCAACCGGAUCGAUUUACCCAAGUUUUAUCGCCUGUUGAAGUUGUUCAUAGUGAAAAUCAACAAUUGAAACAUUUGGUGGAAAAACUAGAACACGAUGCUCAACAACAGCAUGUCGAAUUGAUGCGUUUGCGAGAAGAUCGACAAGCAGCGAUUGUUUUGGCUUUGCGCGAGAAAGACGAAGAAAAUGCGCGUCUUCGUCAACAACAUAAACUAGAAUUGCAAACACUUAUCAACGAAAUGGCGAAUAAGGCAACGGAAACACGGGUGACCGAUCUUCUCCGAAAACUCGAAUCACAAGAAUCCACAAUCAAUCAUUUAAAAAAACUAACCGAGCACGCCGAAGACAACACUCGAGAACUAGUGAUCUUACGUACACGUGACAAUGAACUCAAAGCGACAAUUCAGCGACUUGAACAGGAACUAUCUGACGCACGAACCUAUCAUACCCCGGAAAUGAAACACUUUCAAGAAUUACAAAGUAAAAUCAAUCAAUUAGAACAUCGAUGGUCGAAACGUGAUCAAAUCACGAAAGAUUACACGUCAAGUUUGCUCAAACAACACGAUCCCGAGACGAAUAACGAUGUGAACAAAUUACGCGCGAUCAUCCGACAGAAAAAUCAGGAAAUCGAACGAUUUCAUCUCGAACUGGAUUCCAUGUUAGAAUUAUUAAAAACUCUCAAAUUCCAACAAAUGCUCUGCAAUCAUUAG